UAGUGUAAACACUGCAGGUGAAGGUACAGUGUUCCUGUAUCAAGUACACGGUGAACAGGAUUGAACCGUGAAUAACUCAAGAGAGUCUGAUGUUGCAGUCUAUGGAACUUUUCCUCAUUUUCCUGACUUUCUGCAUUCACAGCAAGACAGAUGCAUCUUCCCAACAGACAUCUCAGUUUUCCGCCUAUGAAAUCACUACCCCUAAACUUAUAAACGAACGACAAAAGCGAGAUGUUGGCCAGGAAAAAUGGAGGGAUCAGAUAACUUAUUCAGUUUAUUUGGAAGGCGAAGUUUGCAUACUAAAACUGGAAAGGAACAAGAAGCUGCUUGCUAAGGAUUUUGUGCAAUAUGUAUUUGACAAAGAAGGCAACAUGAAGUCAUCCAACCCCAAGAUUCAAACGCACUGUUACUUUCAUGGCAUUGUGGAGGGCGUAAUGGAUUCCAAAGUUGUACUCAGCACAUGCUCCGGUGUCAGAGGAAUUAUUUUGAUUGGUGAACGAAGUUUUGGAAUUGAGCCAUUGGAAAACUCAUUUACCUUUGAACACUUAAUUUAUCGACUAGAAGAUGUGCAAACAGAACCCUUUGUGUGCGGAGUACCUCAUCACAGUCAAUCAACAAACAAUGAUGGUCAUUCGAGCUAUGGGAGCUUGGUGCAGCACCUGAGAAAAAAACGAGCUGUUUUACCAACAACCAGAUUCGUGGAGUUGGUUUUGGUUGUUGAUAAUGAUAAAUAUAAUUUGCACAACAGGAAUGAAACUCUGAUUCAGGAGCAAAUGGUUGAACUGGUUCAUAUCGUAAAUGGAAUGUACAGCUCUCUGAAUGUCCGUGUCAUACUGACCGGGCUUGUGCUCUGGAAAGAUAAAGAUCAGAUUGUCAUCAAUGGAACUGCUGGAGAUGUUUUGGGCAGAUUUGUAAGAUGGCGUGAACGAGUCCUGAUCCCUGAGAAGCGGCAUGACAGUGGGCAUCUUAUUCUAGGUAAAGCUCAGUUCAGUGGAAUUCUAGGCUUGGCCUUUGUAAGCACAGUCUGCUCAACCAGGCUUGGAGGUGGAAUUGAUGUUUUUCAUAAUAGCAAUGUGCCGACUGCAGCAACAGUUCUUGCUCAUGAAUUAGGACAUAACAUGGGCCUUAGCCAUGAUGAUCAACGACCAUGUGAUUGCCCAACUAAUCACUGCAUAAUGUUCAGUUCAAUUUCAGGUUCAAGGAAUUUCAGUAGCUGCAGUCAGAAUGAUUUUGUAAGGUUUAUCGAGAGAGGAGGCGGACUAUGUCUUCAAAAUGAACCAGAAUUAGAAGAUCAGUAUUCCCUACCAUCCUGUGGCAAUAACAUUGUUGAUGAGGGAGAGGAGUGUGACUGCGGUACACCACAGAAAUGCUCUAAUCCUUGUUGCAAUGCAGCCACUUGUCGUUUAACGUCUGGGUCACAAUGUGCUCACGGGAGGUGUUGUGAAAACUGCAGAUUCCGUGUUGCAGGGACUUUGUGCAGAGGAGCAGCGAAUGUUUGUGAUCUUCCAGAAUACUGUAAUGGCUCCUCACACUUGUGCCAGCCUGAUGUUUUUCUCCAAAAUGGUUAUCCAUGUGCAAAUGGUAUGACAUACUGCUAUGAUGGUUUGUGUCAGACCUAUGAUGCACAAUGCAAGGCACUCUUUGGCUCUACUUCACUGCGUGCACCAGAUGUGUGUUUUGAACAUGCAAAUCUACAAGGGGACAGAUUUGGGAACUGUGGAUUCCAAAAUCAGCGAUUCAAGAAAUGUACACUAAGUAAUGCUGGAUGUGGCAAAAUUCAAUGUAUAAAAGUGACAGAGAGACCUUUUGGUGUUGAUACAAGCACUUCCAAUGUUAAUGGCAUUCAAUGUGUUAAUGCUGACUUCCACGUGGGCACAGAUAUCACUGAUCCUUCUUAUGUAAACACAGGCACUGGCUGUAACAAAGACAAGGCCUGCAUAAAUUUUGCAUGUGUAAAUGCCAGCAACCUUGGAUUUGAUUGUGAUAUCAAAGGGAAAUGCAACAACCGUGGUGUUUGCAACAGUAACAAGAAUUGUCAUUGUGAUGAUGGAUGGGCACCACCUAAUUGUGAUACUCGUGGUUUUGGAGGAAGCAUAGAUAGUGGACCCACUCGCAUAGAUACUUCACUUCGAGAUGGCUUGCUAAUAUUUUUCCUUUUGGUGGUCCCUGUACUAGUCUUCAUUGGUUUAAUCAUUUUUUUCAACCGUAAUGCGAUAAAGCAACGUUGGAGAAAGAGGAAAGCACCACACGCAACGACACAGAAUGGAAGACAAUCAGAGAACAAUUUGUCAAACCAAAGCAAUCGGGCGAAUAAUCAAGUUAUUUCUACUGGGAAUACAAAUGUCUAUUCAGAUAUUACUUCACAAGGGCAAUAUGCUUCAAAUGAAAAUCCAGUACCUUACGUAGCCUAUACACCAAACCGUCAAAAUCCCGUUCCACCUCCUAGGCCUACCAUAACUCCUCAAUCAAAUGUGCCUCCAAGACCAGCUGUGCUCCCAAGACCUACCGCAUCUCGACAGUCUUAAGUUAGACCUUAGCACCUAAUGAACAUUAACUGUGCCUUACAUCCAGUAAUAUUCGUGAUCAAAUGGAUACCUCAGGAACGCAUUAAAAAGUUUACUAUUUCUCUUUUAUAAUUAUCCCUAAUUAUUUUUGCAACAAAUAGAUUCAAAACACAUUUUUAGAAGUUUUAUUCAGUAUCAAUGAAGCUAUUAUGGUAUUACAGCACUUUAAUACCACGGCUGCUUUUACAAGAGGCUCUGAAUGCUUUGUGCAACGGUAAAUUCUCAAUAGGACUGGCAGAAUAAAAUGCAAUUAUUCAUUAAAGGUCUUUACAGAGGAUACGUUCAGUUCAUGGUUGCUUGAUUUUCAUAUGUAAAACAUGCAUGCAACUUCAGAAUUUUGGAAUGCAAAUUGCUACGUCCAAGAUGUGCCAGAAGUACUCCAUACUGGCUGGGUAACUUUUAGUCACCCUGAGAGCACAUCCAAAAAUAAAAAUAGUUGUUUCAGAAUGCACAUCAGGAAGACACCAGAUCUAGGACCCUGAACUACAAAGCUCAAGGAAAUCAGUGUAGGUUACAGACACUUUCUCCGCUUGAUUAUAUCAGGUGUUGAUUGUCUUAACCAGUGACCUUUAAAAGUGAUCACUGGAGGCCUCUUAGGAAAAAAUCCAGGGUAGUUAAGUUUUAGUUUUGAAGGUCCAGGAAAACAAGUGAAAAAAUUACAGUUCUCGAAAGAACUCAAGACCAUUGAUGACAUUCCAAGACAUUCACUUUCAGCUAGAUCAGCAUAAAAGCCUGUUCUGCAACCCAAAGCCAAAUUUGACUCAAACCUCAGGCAUUUGUGGACUGAUGCACAGACCGUUUUGUGUACAACUGAAUUUCUUCACUUAUAUAACUAAUAUUUGUCUCUGUUCAAAUUAAUCCUACAAUAAAUUCUUACAUUUAUUUCUUUUUUGCACAGUAUAAAUUUGCAAGUCUUUUCUGGAUGUCAAUAGAUUUGAGUGUAGUCCUAAGUAUAUGGACCUAUGGGGUGUUAAUCUGUCUUCAUCUUAACUAUGAACAGAGUAUGUUUGAGAAACUUCAAUUCAGAGUUAUUUCAAAUCAACGACUAGAAAAUGUAGCUAAUACUUUGGCAUAAUUGCAGACUCCGAGAGCAUGAUCAAGAAUGGGAAACUUUACUGGGAAGAUGUUUUGGUUAGGAUCAUGAAAGAAUGAGGUUAAAUUGGGUUUGCUUCUUUACAUGAUGACAUGAUCUAGAAACAGAAAAUAGCAAUUUACGUGUUGGAAUGUGCUGAAAAAUUUUAAAAGGGACACUGUGAAUGGUGGAUUAAGUUUCAGUAUUCACCAGCUAAACUGUUAACACUUUGCACCACAGUGAACACCUAAUGCAAAAGAACGCUAACAAAUAGUGCUAUGAAACCUUGCUAUACAAACAUAAGAAAAUGUAAAUAAUCCUAAACUAUGUAAUUUUAAAUUAAUUAGUGCUCACAUUGUCACUUUCCAAUUCAUUUGAACUACCCGAGUGAAGAUUACUGCUACCGAGUUAAUUGAGCAGUUGAAUUGCACUUUAAUCUAUUACAUUAGUAAUAAAUUGGUUGUCCACACAACAGGCUGUGAUUGUUAAUUUUGUACACUGGAGAGUGGGCCAGGGGUAUUCUGUGCAACUGAUUCGUUGUCCCCAUCAUUGAGAAUGGUUGCUGAUUAGCAAUUAGGUGCUUAAGUGCAAGCUUCUCGGUAUGCUGUGCCCGGACAAUGAAAUCAGACCGUAUCAAAAACUGCUAUUAAAUCUGAGGCCAGCAGCCUGAAAUGCUGAGUCCACUUUGAGUGAUUGUAGAAUAAGAGCCCCAUGCAAAGAGUGGAUAUGUGGGAUUAGAGGCAAAAGCCUUGGCGUUUUCAGAGCCUGCACUCUUGCCUCCUAUCCAUGCCUCUGUCACCAAAUUGGGGACAAACGGAACCCACUCUCCCCCGCCUCCCUAAUCCAACAGGCAGAUUGCCUUGGCUUGCUGCUAAAGAUUUUUCUCGUCUGCCAAAAAGGCACAUAAUUGGGGUGACAGUGAAUUUAGUCCCUCCAGUGAGGGAGAAAGUAUUCCACCCAUUCUGAGGGUUUAAGAAAUUAGUUUUCAAUAUUUUGAGUAUUGACAUAAAAUAGUUGAGACACAUUGAAAGCUAUGUCCUUAUAGUGCCUAGCCCAAGUAGUACUUUAUCUGUAAUUGUCUGGGAUUGCUCUAGGAUUGAUCGCUAGUGAUUAUAUUCAUAUAGUGAAUGAAUUGAAAAGCUAUGAAAAAAAAGGAGGUGCUUCAGUUGAAUCCAAUAUUGUAAAAAAAAUGCAGAGGUCUCAAUUUAAAAAAAGAGCCAGGCUUCUAGCAGUUUGGUAUGAAUUGCAAGUUUUUCUGCAUUGUUUUGUUUUAAUUAAUAGUUACACAUUCAGGAUUUUUAUAAUUCUACACCCAAUUUAAAGGACAUCAAGAAUGCAGGAGAAUGUCUUGACGUUCUUCUGGAUUAUCAAAUCAAUAUUUUGUUGCCAUGUAUACACUGUCAGAAUGUGAUGUAUUAAUACUUAUUUUUUGAGAAAAUAUAGUCUACAAUUCUGAAUGAUUUUUAAAAUAUAGAUAAACAAAUUAUUUUAUGUAUUCAGUUACCUAUGAAUGAUGAUUGCUAAAUGAAAGAAUUGAAAAAAUGAAAAAAGAAACUAACAAGCAUUUAUAGAUGUACCACAGAUAGAAUCCCUGAUUUAUUAAACAUUAAUA